AAUUACCAAGACGUGUGAACGCCGAUUGGUCACCACACUCCUGUCCUGACAGCUGAGGCGAGGGCAUUCACUGAACCAGCAACCACAUUCACAAGCAUCAUAUGAGGCUGUGAUUAAGAAAAACUUUCUGCGGAUAUUUCGAAAGGUUAAACAGAAAGCAUUCCAUCUCUUUCAGAUUUCUAAUAGGGUCACAUCAGCCUGUCCAGUAUGAUGAAAGAUUGCCUUCAGUUCCUCAUUGAGCCAGCCAAGAAGCUCAAGUUUCGUCUGAAGGAGACGCGGAAGAGAGUGAAGCAUGUAAAGAAAGAGCCAUUAACAGAGAGUCAGCUGUUUAUUAUGGAGCUCGCACGAGAACUCAACAGGAUCUGUCAGAGGUCAGAUAUUCUGGCUCACAUCUGGACUGGAGAGGAUGUAUGGCCUCCACACGCCUGUCGAGAGUUCAUUGUGGAGACCGCCAACAUCCUGGAGAUGAAGGAAAAUACUGAGACACCCAUGGAAGUUUAUGCUGAUCUGCAUCCAGAAAAGCGGGACUGGAAGAGUCAUUUACUGAGCAUGCUGGAGCAGGGAGGAGAAUAUGACAUGGGCCCGUACAAAAGGACCAUUAUGGACUGGACAAGAGGACAGCGCAACAGACACCCGCAUGGUAUCUGGCCGGGUGAGGCGGUGUUGAUGAUGUUGGAUGACGUGGAGCUGCAGUGGAAGCGGGGUCACCUGUCACACCUGCAGUCUGCCUUGGAGAUGCUCAUAGGGGUCGUGCUUGGGGAACAUCUGGACAAGGAGCUCAUUCCAAGGCUGUGGCUGGUACAAAAACAAAAGACCCAGAAGAUCGAUUGCACUAGCUACAUUCCACACAUAGUGUGGAACUGGAUAUGUGAUGCUGCAGUGGAGGUGACUUUAGACCCAGAGACGGCCAACCCUGCUCUGGUUCUGUCUGAGGACUGCAAGCGCAUGCAGUGUGGUCUGGAGCGGCGUGAGGUUCCCUGCAGCCUGAGGCGCUUUGAUGGCUGGUGGUGCUGUCUCGGCUCUGAGGGCUUCUCGUCGGGACGCCGGUACUGGGAGGUAGAAGUGGGUGACCGUGAUUGGCGUCUCGGGGUGGCCAAAGAAUCAGCUCUCUGCAAAGGCUACAGACCGCUCAACACUCAGAGCGGAUACCUCACCCUCAGGCUGGAGCGGGGCUCCGAGCUCAAGGCCCUGACCAUACCACCCACACCCUUGCCCCAGUCGCUCAUCCCGCGGAGGGUGGGGGUCUAUCUGGACUAUGAGGAGGGGCAGCUAUCCUUCUAUGACACCCAGAAGCGUGCGCACAUCUACACAUACAGCGAGAGGUUCACAGAGAAGCUUUACCCAGUGUUUGGGACGGUGGAGAUGGUGCGCGAGAUGGUGAUCAGGCCUUCAGACCUGAGGGAGCGAUGUCUCUGUAAGGGGCAAUGCCUGUUCUGCUAAAUGACGGUGCUGCUGGACAUCACUCCUCUCUGCACCAUCUCCACCUGCCGCGUCAUGGUGCCGCCCGACUCUGUGAUCUGUCUGCUCGACAUCAUCAUCAUACCUUCUAGAAAAAACACAUCAGACACAGUUAGAAAGUUCCAACAUAUUUAUAUAACAACAAUAUUUUAUCUAGAAGUUAUAUUAUUUAAAAAGAAAUAAAUUGGAAUGAAAUAAAAUGA